CAAUUGCCGCUUCUUCCCUCGUCGGGCGGCCCGGUGGAAGCGAGAAAGGGGAUCGAAAGGCCGAUGGAAGGAAGCGAGAGCGAGGCGGUGUUCGAUGCCUACAACCUCAACCCGCAGCGCUUCCUCAACGAAGUCCUUAACGCCGUCGACGACAUGGUCGACGGAGCCUUCGAUUUCUGCCUGCAUCAAGCACCACAAAUCACUGGCCCUGGUGCCGAUCGGUCUGAGGAGUUGGCUAGGGGUGUAUCUUCCCUUCGUCACUUGACUCAAGCAGUUUUGGAUAAGAGAAUGAGCAUGUGGGAGAAGUACUGCCUUCGGCAUUGUUUUUCCAUUCCAGAUGGAUUUGUGUUGCCCAAAACUAAAGAAUAUUCCAUUUCAGUGCUUCAAGAAGUCUUGUCAGAUCAAGAACUCGAUUCUCAUUUGGACUCUUUGAGAGAAAAACUUGCAGCUGCGGGGAAGGAAUCUCAAGUGCUGCAUAGGGAGAUCAAUUUGUUGGAGAUGCAGUCAACUGCUGACAACAAAUACAAUGCUUCUGUUGCUGAGGUGCAACAACUAUUUAAGGAACACUCGGUGCAUCUGAUGUUUCAAGAGUUAGUAGAAUCAGCAUCCAAACUGCAUCAGAAAGUAGCUGCUGAACUAAAGAGCAAGAGGUUGGGAGAUAUGAAACAAGAUGGGGUUUGCAAGAAGCACUGUUUGAGCAGUGGCAAACAGAUGGUUCCCGACACAGGGAUUUCUUCAAGUCUUGAGGAUAUUCAAGAAAUUGUAAGCAUUUUAAAGAACACAUAGUAGUGGUUUUUUAUCAUUUCAAAACAAAUGUUGCACAUUAUCUUUCUCUAUCAUGCUGUCUAGUUUUCUGUACUAUAUGUCAUCGCAUGCUUGUUUUUUGCCAAACAAGCUAGUAAAGAUAUUCAAGAAAUAGUAAGCAUUUCUAAGGAACA